AUGGCUACCAAUAAUAACAAUAAUAACGGCAACCCCAUCCUCAGAUCUUUGGAAACAUCUUGUUGCUUUUUAGCAACUUUGUUUCCCAAAGUGUUUUGUACAUUAGUUUUAACAUGGUCAUUAUAUGUUCUAUUAUUUAUUAUUCCAAAUUAUAUCAAAUCUUCGUUGAAUUCCACAAUAUUAAAUAUAAUUGGUAUAACAUUAUAUGUGCUAUGUAUUAUCUCCUAUUAUAAAAUCAUUUUAAUUGGACCUGGAUCUCCAUUAGAUUAUCCAGAAUUAAGAAUCAACGAUUUGAAUAGAAUGAUUAAUGAAAAUCCAUAUAAUAAUAAUAACAAUGAUGAAGAACCAGGAGAUUUACCACCAGAAUCAAUGAUAAUACAUACCAUGAAAGUUAAUGGCAAUCAAGGGUAUAGGUAUUGUACGAAAUGUUCUGUAUGGAAACCGGAUAGAUCUCAUCAUUGUUCAUCAUCAGGGAAAUGUAUAUUAAAGAUGGAUCAUUAUUGUCCUUGGUUUUCCACUUGCAUUGGGUUUCAUAAUUAUAAAUUUUUCAUUCAAUUCUUGAGUUAUGUUGCCAUUUAUUGUUGGUUUUUAUUUAUUAUUAGUGGUAAAAUACUAUAUAAUUUUAUUACCGAGGGGUUAUUUGAAGAUGAAAUCUUAUCACUUAAUUUAGUUGCUGUUUUGAUUCUUUCAUUUGCAUUUGCUAUUGCUGUUAGUGUAUUUGCCAUGUUUCUGAUUUAUUUAUGUUGUAAAAAUUUAACAACUAUUGAGUUUCAAGAAAAACGUUGGAAUUAUCGUGGUCAAGCAAAUGAUGAAAGAUUCAAUUAUGAAUUUGAUAAUAAUGGUAAACGUAAGAAAAUAAAUACAAAUAUUUUUGAUUUAGGAAUUAUGGAAAAUUGGAAACUGGUUAUGGGUCCAAAUUGGAUAACUUGGAUAUUACCAAUAACAGUUACUGUCACCGCCAAUACAAAAUCUAUGAUAUCUCAAGAUGAAUUUAAUAAUGGAGUUAAUUUUAAAGUUAAUGAAGAAAUAUAUGCCAAAUAUCUUCAUAAUGCAGAAUUACAACAACAAUUGAAUCAACAAUUGUCUAGUUAUAAAGAUAGAUUAAGAAGAGAACGUCAAGCAAAUAUAGUGUAA